CUGCAUCCCAUGACCCCAACCCCACGACGAACAGCCACCGAGCCCACCAACCGCACCAGCAACCGAGAUACCGCCAGAAUGAACGACCACUACAGCGUCCUAGGUCUCCAAUGGGCCCGUCCCUCAUCCCAAAAAGCAAGCGGACACGGACAAGCAGGAAGACAUGCAGCUCCACCAACCCCGCUUCACCCCGACGCGCUGAAGAAAGCAUACCGCUCCGCGCUCCUAAAAGCGCAUCCCGAUAAAGCCCCGCCGGUUCCUCCUCCUUAUCCGCGCGGCAACACCACUGCCUCUGCUCCGUCUCCAUGUACACCAUCGACGACGACGACGGCGAUAAGCAGAGCGGAAACGGAAACGGAAGCGCAGCAGCCAUCCAUCGACGCCAUCAAGCUCGCCUACGCGGUCCUCGGUAACCCGGCCCAGAAGAAAGAAUACGAUGCUUCUUUCCGCCUAUCGCUGCAUGCUCACAGUUAUUCUUCUUCUUUUUCUGCAGCUGCAGCAGCAGCUGCUGCUGCUGCACAUGACUCAUCAAUAUCAUCGUUCGAUCUCGAAGCCCUCGACAUCUUCGACCUCGACGAUUUCACAAUCUCUUCUUCUUCUUCUUCUUCUUUUCCUCGGCAUCGCUGUCGUCGGGACCCAACAGACGCAGAAAACAACGCCGAUGGUAACGCCAGUGCUGAAGAAGAAGAAGAGGAAGACGAUGAUGGUGGUGGAGCUAAAAGCGAAUGGUGCAGACGCUGCCAUCGGUGUGGCGCGGACCCGGGGUUCCGAGUCGAUGAGGUCGAGUUGGAGAGGGCUGUUGCUGCGGACGUCGAGGAGGUUGUGCUUGGGUGUGCGGGGUGUAGUUUGUUUGUGAGGGUGCAGUUUGGUGUUGAGUGAGCGUUGCUAACGGUACGGGUGGGCUGGGGAUAGCAAGGGAGAUGGGUAAUGUGGGAUAGAAUUAGGGGAGGGGGGGAUAUAGCACAUAUCCACAUAUAUAUAUAUACAUGCACACAUACACUUCUGUGUUGUAGCAUCACCUAAAAACUUUGAUUGCUUGGAAUUGAUACACACACUCACUCACUCACACUUUCUCUCUCUCUCUCUCUCUCUCUUGUCUUUACUCUAUUCAUCCUUACUUUUAAAUAAUUAAUAAUUAUUCAAAAACAAUUAAAAACAACUUCAACUUAGCUUUGUAACCUCGUAAAAUAAGCAUAAAACAUAUAAAUAUAUAUAGACAUGUGUGUACAUGAUAUUUAUAUAUUCACUUAUGUAUUUAGAGUUAAGAGUCUAAGUUUAAUCCUCUACACACAAAGCUCAGUUCAGCUCAUUAUUUCCAACAGCAAAAAAGGAACCAAAAAAAAAAUUAAAACAACUUAUUUUCUUUUCUAAGCUUAUCCUAUCUUCUCUUUUCUCUCUUUUAUACCACCUUCUGCCUGCAAGGUGUGACAGAUCUUAUACAUACUCAUGUCCAUCUCCUAUCUGUCCUACCUACACUCUCUCUCUUCUCCCCUCUAUA